GAGAGAUAGCAAGCGAGCGAGAAAGGGAGACAGAGUGAGAGAGAAAGAGAAAAAAAGAGGGCGCAAACAAGAGUGAGAAGGGGGAGAAAGAAACAGGAGAGUUGGAUGUAUAAAGAGAAGAGAUAGCGAGCAAACGAGCGCGAGAGAGAGCGAGAGCGCGACCGAGUGUGAGAGAGAGAGAGAGAGAGAGAGAGAGAGAGAGAGAGAGAGAGAGAGAGAGAGAGAGAGAGAGAGAGAGAGAGCGCACGAGGUAGAGGGAGAGCGAGCGAGAGGGGGAGAGAGAGAGUGGACGAGAUCAGGGGAAACAGUUUUCACAUCAGUCAGUGGCAUGCUUCAUGGAGUUAUGUACCUCGCGCGCUGCCAUUUGAACCGCCGUCAUGUAUUGCAAAUCGCGAGCACUUGUUUUGGUUUUAUCUCUUCUACUUUCGCUUGGGGUUCCAGUGUUUCUCGUCACCUAUCCCUCCAAUGAAGUCAACUUGUUGGACUCAAAAGCAAGCCAGGGGGAGUUGAGAUGGUUGUCCUAUCCUCUACACGGGUGGGAGGAGAUCAGUGGCGUGGACGAACACUACACCCCCAUCCGCACCUUCCAGGUGUGCAACGUCAUGGAGUUCAGCCAGAACAACUGGCUCCGCACCAACUGGAUCUCCCGGCGCUCCGCCGUGAAGAUCUACGUGGAGCUCAAGUUCACGCUGCGCGACUGCAACUCCAUCCCGCUGGUCCUGGGCACCUGCAAGGAGACCUUCAACCUCUGGUACCUGGAGACGGAGGAGCGCGAGCAGGAGUCGCGCUUCCGCGAGCACCAGUUCUCCAAGAUCGACACCAUCGCGGCCGACGAGAGCUUCACCCAGAUGGACCUGGGCGACCGCAUCCUCAAGCUCAACACGGAGGUGCGCGAGGUGGGGCCCAUGUCUAAGAAGGGCUUCUACCUGGCCUUCCAGGACGUGGGAGCGUGCGUGGCCCUGGUGUCGGUGCGCGUGUACUUUAAGAUGUGCCCGCUGAUCGUGAGGAACCUGGCGUCCUUCCCCGAAACGGUGCCCACCGACUCCCAGUCGCUGGUGGAGGUCCGGGGCUCUUGCGUCAAUCACUCCAAGGAGGAGGAGUCCCCGCGCAUGUACUGCAGCACGGAGGGGGAGUGGCUGGUGCCCAUCGGGAAGUGCCUGUGCAACCCCGGGUACGAGGAGCGAGCGAGCGCCUGUCAAAUGUGUCGACCGGGCUUCUAUAAAUCCGCUGUGGGCAACGCGGAGUGUUCGAAGUGCCCUCCCCACAGCGUCUCCCACCAUGAGGGGGCGCUCUCCUGCGCUUGUGAAAAUAACUAUUUCCGCGCAGAUGAAGACCCUGCCUCCAUGGCCUGCACACGUCCUCCGUCUGCUCCCCGCAACGUCAUCUCGGUCAUCAACGAGACCUCGGUCAUCCUGGACUGGUCCUGGCCCGAGGACACGGGCGGGCGGAGAGACCUCUUCUUCACCGUCCUGUGCAAGCGAUGCCAAGGUGUAGGAGGAGUUCUGCGCUGCGAGCCCUGCCGUAGCAACGUGCGUUUCCUGCCGUGGGCGGCGGGCCUGAGGAACACCACGGUGACGGUGACCGACCUGUUGGCCCACACCAACUACACCUUCGAGGUGGAGGCGCAGAACGGCGUCUCGGGAAUGGCGGUGGCAAUGCGGCAGUACGCCGUCGUCUCCAUAACGACCAACCAAGCAGCACCCUCUCCGGUGACAGUGAUCCGGAAAGAGAGCACAUCUCGGAACAGCAUCUCCCUUUCAUGGCUGGAGCCAGAGAGGCCCAACGGAAUCAUCCUGGAUUACGAGGUCAAGUAUUACGAGAAGCAGGAGCAGGAGACCAGCUACACCAUCCUGCGCGCCAAGGGCUGCAACGUGACGCUGAGCGGGCUGAAGGCAGACACGGCCUACCUGCUGCAGAUCAGGGCCCGCACUGCAGCCGGGUACGGAGCCAGCAGCCGCAGCUUCGAAUUCGAGACCAGUCCUGACUCCGCCUUUUCCAUGUCGAGUGAGAAUAGCCAAGUGGUUCUGAUCGCCGUCUCGUCAGCGGUGGCCAUUAUCCUGCUCAUCGUGCUCCUCUAUGUCGUCAUAAGCAGGUUCUGUUGCCACAGCAAAUCCAAACAUCCCGAUGAGAAAAGACACUUUGGCAAUGGUCACUUGCGUCUCCCAGGUAUCAGGACCUACGUGGACCCCCACACAUACGAGGACCCCAGCCAGGCAGUGCACGAGUUUGCUAAGGAGCUGGAUGCAUCAUGCAUCGCCAUUGAUAAAGUAGUGGGAGCAGGUGAGUUUGGGGAGGUGUGCAGCGGUCGACUCAAGCUGCCCAGCAAGAAGGAAAUGUGUGUAGCCAUCAAGACGCUGAAGGCGGGCUACACUGACAAACAGAGGCGGGAGUUCUUGGCAGAGGCGUCAAUCAUGGGCCAAUUUGAUCACCCUAACAUUAUCAGGCUGGAGGGGGUCGUAACACGCAGCAAGCCUGUGAUGAUCGUCACAGAGUACAUGGAGAACGGAUCACUGGACAGCUUUCUAAGAAAGCAUGACGCCCAGUUUACCGGCAUCCAGCUGGUGGGCAUGCUGCGUGGCAUCGCCUCGGGCAUGAAGUACCUGUCCGACAUGGGAUACGUCCAUCGGGACCUGGCGGCUCGGAACAUUCUGGUCAACAGCAACCUGGUGUGCAAGGUGUCCGACUUCGGCCUGUCCCGAGUCCUGGAGGACGACCCGGAGGCUGCCUACACCACGAGGGGCGGUAAGAUCCCUAUCCGGUGGACGGCACCUGAGGCCAUAGCCUACAGGAAGUUUACAUCCUCCAGUGAUGCCUGGAGCUACGGCAUCCUGCUCUGGGAAGUGAUGUCGUACGGGGAGCGGCCAUACUGGGAGAUGUCCAAUCAGGACGUGAUCAAGGCAGUGGACGAGGGCUACCGCCUGCCCCCGCCCAUGGACUGCCCCGCUGCCCUCUACCAACUGAUGCUUGACUGCUGGCAGAAGGAGAGGAACAACCGGCCCAAGUUCGAGCACAUCGUCAGCAUCCUGGACAAGCUCAUCCGCAACCCCGGGACCCUGAAGAUCACGGCCAACACAACCUCCAGGCCAACCAAUCAACUGCUGGAACAGAGCACCUCAGAGGCGACAUCGUGGGACACCGUAGGAGACUGGAUGGAUGGGAUGAGGACGCUGCCUUGCAAGGAAGCCUUCUCUGGUGUUUGCUACAGCUCCUGUGACACCAUGCCCAAGACCUCUACAGAAAUGGUUGUGACCGAGGUCCACAUCACUCCCGCCUCCUGCCCCGAAUGGGAGCCGUCCAUGGGGAUGACCACCCUCUAGCCUCUCCUCCUCCUCUGGCUCUGGAUGGGAUCUGAAGAAGGCCGGAGGAACCCUCGGCGGCUCUCAGAAGAACAUUGUGAGCAGCCUGAAAGCAUCCCUGGACGCCCACACCAAGAACUGCCCCGUGCCGGUUUAACAUCAUCACAGCAACACAAAAGACAAGCAUGUGUACAAAAAGAGAAGCAAGAACAAUACUAAAAGGUUGAGCGAUGUUGGGCACGGCCCAGCCCGGUCGGUCGGGACCGGUCCCGCUGGGUCGAGGGGCGGGGAUACUGCUCUGCCAACACAGUGGCCAUCACCAUGGAGAUAAAACACUGAAAAAGAUUGAAUGUAGUAAUGAGAGAGGGGCGACAUUUAUAUACAUAAAGAUAUAUAGAUAUAUAAAUAUACAUCUAUAGAUCUAUAUGUUUAUAUGUAUAUAUCGGUCCAGUCAAAUAUGAUGUCAUAACCCGGGUCGCCGGGGUAACAGGGAUCCAGCAAAAGUCCUGCCAGCUUGUUAAAGCUCGCCGACUCCUGAAGCGACUAACUUGUCCACGAUGAGAGGCCUUACGGACACAUAGCAGAAGAGUGAUGCGGGGGGGGGCAAAGACAAUGUGCCAAGGAGUGUUGUUGUUGUGUGUGUGUGUGUGUGUGUGGGCGGGGCGGGGCUUGGGACAGGGUGUUUUGAUAUUGCCCCUGUGAUCUGCAACCUGAAGAGGAGAGCCACCGGCCCCUUUUGUCCAAUCCAUAAAGGGACGGAUCUUGUGAUGUCUUGCAUAAAAGAUGGCGGCAGACAGCAGCAGCGCUGGCUCGGGAACCUUCUCCCGGCCGGACGCUGAGCCGAGGGGGGGGUUGAGGUUUGGUCCACCGGUCAUCUGAGAACCCUAGAUACCAUAUAACCAUAUACACACAGCUAGAUUAAUAACAAAGCCAUUUUACGUUGUAGCUCUAGCCUCUGCAAUAUUUUACACAACGGGUGUGCCAUUUGAAGCAAUAAUUCUACUAAUAAUAAUCAUUAUAAUCGUAUUGUCUCAUCCAUAUAGCCCAUGCAUCUGUCUGUCACAUGUAUAUCGUGCGUCAAAAUGGUGUGCUUUCAAACGCACAGGAACUAAAGUCACACUUCAAACACCACUAGUAUUGUUGAGAGGGACUGAAUGAGAGGGGAUGACAGGUCAACGGAUAGUGGGAGCGAGGAAGAGUAUGGAAAAGGACUCAUGUUCAGCCAAGAUGCAAUAGUGUGUAUGUUACGAUGUUAUGUACUGAAACCAACCAACCAUGCACAUAUCUUUUCAAUGAUUAUUUGCCUCUUUUUACCAUGACAGUAAUUUAAAAACCUGUGGGUAAUGAAAUGUUCAUACUAUCUGCUGUGAUAGAUUGACUUGCAGAUUAUACAUCACAGACGGGUGGUAAAUUGUGAAGUAAUCCAAUCCUUUUUGGUUGUUUUGUUUUCUGUGCAAAUGAUUUCACGUGUGGGAAUGAUUCAUUAACAUUGAAAACUCUUUUGAGACCUCCUCUAAACUAAGUUUAAAAUCAGGUGCUCAUCAUCUACACUGUUUUGAAAUCACUUUGAGAGGCUUGGAUAUAAAUAAUUCAUAUGCAGGAUUCUUGCAGUUCUCCAAAUAUAUGUUAUUCGGUCUCUGUGGAGCUCAAAGAAAUUCAUUCAAUAACUAUGUGUUCUUUGAGCAAAUACAGCAUGGACUAUUGUCUUUGGACAGGUUUAAGAACGCCUCAGAUAAGGAAAGGUUUUCUGAGCGAAGUCAUAAGGAAAGUGAAAGAGAUAAAUUACUCCCAGUUGCCGGGUUUCACCAGGAACUUCUCUUUUUUCAGUUGACUGUUGUCUGUAAAAAAAAAAAAAGCAAAAAAACAACAACAUAUAUUUGUAUUUUGUUUGAGACGUCCGUCCUGACUA